UCGCCCUUUUGCCUGCUUGCCUUGCCUCCGCGCCUCGUGCCUGCCUUGCCGUCAAAUCAACAAUCAAAUCACGGCGCGGCGCUUGCCUGCAGCUGCCCUUCCCUUCCGCACCAGCAUCGGCCCAGCUGCCACCCAGCUCCACUUCUUUUUCUAUUUCCAACCUCGCGACACGCCCCGGAAUCCUACCCACCCAAAACACCAGCCCACCGACACCGACAACACAUCUUAACACCACCACCCCGCCGCACCUCUUCUCUUUCCAGAGGACUGCUGCUGCUGCCACACAUCAUGCCUACCUCGGCGGGCAUGGACCUGCGCGUGGGCAACAAGUACCGCAUCGGCCGGAAAAUCGGAAGCGGCUCCUUUGGCGACAUCUACUUGGGCACCAACAUCAUCUCCGGCGAGGAAAUCGCCAUCAAGCUGGAAAGCGUCAAGGCCAAGCACCCCCAGCUGGAGUACGAGGCCCGCGUCUACAAGUCCAUCGCCGGCGGCGUCGGAAUUCCCUUUGUGAGGUGGUUUGGCACCGAAUGUGACUACAAUGCCAUGGUCAUGGACCUACUGGGUCCUUCGCUGGAAGACCUCUUCAACUUCUGCAAUCGCAAUACAUUCACGCCAAGUCAUUUAUUCAUGUACGUUUCUUCCUCUGUCUAUCCUUCUGAGCUCAGCUGCAGAACGCCACAGCCUGAUACGAUUACUAACCAUCUCGUGCAGCGUGACAUCAAGCCUGACAACUUUGUCAUGGGCAUUGGCAAGCGUGGCAACCAGGUCAAUGUCAUCGACUUCGGCCUCGCGAAGAAGUACCGCGACCCAAAGACACACUUCCACAUUCCAUACCGCGAGAACAAGAACCUUACCGGAACAGCUCGCUACGCUUCCAUCAACACACAUCUUGGCGUCGAACAAUCGCGCCGCGACGACAUCGAAUCCCUGGGCUAUGUUUUCCUGUACUUCUGCCGAGGCUCUCUUCCUUGGCAAGGUCUCAAAGCUACCACCAAGAAGCAAAAGUACGACCGCAUCAUGGAGAAGAAGAUGACCACUCCUACCGAAGUGCUCUGCCGCGGCUUUCCAAACGAGUUUGCCAUCUACCUCAACUACGCCAGAAGUCUCCGAUUCGACGACAAGCCGGAUUACUCGUACUUGCGCAAGAUCUUCCGAGACCUAUUCGUAAGAGAAGGCUUCCAGUACGACUACGUCUUCGACUGGACCGUCUACAAGUAUCAGAAGAACGCCAACGCUAUCGCUCAGGCUCAGAGGCAGGAUAAGACCGAGACUCCAGCAGAGCCGAGUGGAAGCCGCUACCCACGAAGAAACCAGCCACCACCUGAGAAGUGAGGAACUGGAAUCGAUUUCGAGAGCGAAAUGGCAGAGAUGAGGGUGUCUGAAACUGACGUCCAUCACAACAACAACAUUGCGGAACCCCCGCGCACAUAGACUGGGAACCGGCGGGCGGGGAUGUGGGAGGCUCGGCACUCACUUCUGGGGUGGAGGAGUGCUAGGCUGUUGCAAACGGCGGGUGGCGAGGGAGGUUCUCAUGUCCGCUGGCGAGAGGUCGAACGGGAAGCACAUACAGAUUUCCAUUGAAGCCAGGCGUAAAAGUCAAGGCUGGGACAGUGCAGUUCGAUCCACAUGCGAGCAUGUCAACACACGCACGCGCCAGCGAGACGGAGGUCCUUUUCGGAACGAGCGAGGGCGACAAGAAUGAUGAAAUGCUUUCGGGGUUUCUUUCUUAGGUCUUGAUUGUAACACUAGACUCUGAAUGGAUCGGAUG